GAGCGACUGUGGCGGUUCCUGGCGGGGAAAAUGGUCGGGGGAGACAGCGCCGAGGGAGGCGCAGGCUGCUGCUCUGCGGCCGUCGGGGCGGACGCGGCGACUUCAAAGCUGAACCGCGACAAGAGGCUGGUGUGCGUGGAGUACCCAGGCGUUGUGCAGGACGUGGACAAGACGCUGCUGACGCUGGGCGGAGAGGAAGGGGUCUCUAGGGUAAGGAUGGGGAGUGGGCGUCCUCUGAAGAAUGGCUCUUCCUUCUCCCCGCUCAGGUGUCUGAGAGGCAAAGCUGCCGUGGGGCGCGGGGCGGGGUCUCAAGCCAGCCAGCAUUCGGAUGCCCCGGCACCCGUGCCUGGUUACAUCGGACACUUUGCGCGUUCCUUGUGGAACUCUUCUCUCCCAGGGAGUUUUCGUGACAGAGUUUCUCUCUCUUGCUCAGAGCCUCCAGAGGCAGGGCUGAAAAGUUGGACCCCAUGGGAGUUGAGGAGUGCUUUUACUGUUACCACGCACACCAUUUCCAUUUAGCUCAUCAUCAUCAUCAGUUUUUCAUCGCCACAUCUAUAUCCUACCUUCCCCCAGGGAGUUCAAGGUGGCAUGCAUGAUUCUCCCUCUUCCUGUUAUUUCCUCACAACAACUCAGUGAGGGAGGUUGCCCCCUAGGUCAGGAUUUGAACCCUUGUCUUCCAAGGACUUAAUGGCAGUUUAAAGAAGUGGCAGGUUGGGGAUCUUGCUUGUGUAUGGCUAAUCAUAAAUGAAUAUUUUCCAGAAGUGUCCCUUGUCUAUGUUGAGAUAUUUCCCCUACGGAAGAUCAUUCUGCUCGGAAGAGGCUUCUGGUUACCCGAGGCAAGAGGGAGCCUCAUACUUAACAUCCCCUUCACACCCUCUUUAUCUCUCAUUUUGAAAAGGAAAGGGUGAUCUGAAUUGCUGUUCUGCGUGGUGGGGGUGAUUGUGGAAAGGGGGGUGAGCCAUUCAGGGUUGCCGUACAUCUGGAUUUCCCUGGCCGUAUACAGAAUAUAGCAGUCAGCAGCAGUGUCCGACCGGGAAACUCCAGAUGUAUGUCAGCCCAUACCAUACAGCCCAGCAACUUUGGCAAAAAAAUUAAAUCACAUCUCAACAACUUUUCCAAAUACAGUGGUACCUCUGAAUGCGAACGGGAUCCGUUCCGGAGCCCCGUUCGCAUCCUGAAGCGAAUGCAACCCGCGCCUGUGCAGGUCACGAUUCGCCGCUUCCACGCAUGCGUGUGAUGUCAUUUUGAGUGUCUGCGCAUGUGUGAGCAGCGAAACCCGGAAGUAACGCACUCCGUUACUUCUGGGUUGCCACGGAGUGUAACCUAAAAGCGCUCAACCUGAAGCACAUUUAACUCGAGGUAUGACUGUGCAGUGGUACCUCUGGUUGCGAACAGGAUCCGUGUGACGUCAUUUUGCGCGUCUGCGCAUGCGCGAGUGACGAAACCUGGAAGUAACCGUUUCCGGUACUUCCAGGUCGCCGUGGGACGUAACCUGAAAGAACGUAACAUGAAGCAGACGUAACCAGAGGUACCACUGUAAAGCUCAAUUACUUUUCUGUCUGGAUUUUAACUGUUUGAAAUAUGACAACCCUACAUUGUAGGGGUUGGAUUAUAUCCAACUCAGGGUGAGAAACCACUGGCCCCUGGGGGUCAGCUUGUUGUGCAUUUGGUCCACAGCUUCACUUCAGCCCAGCCCACCCUCUCUUGUCUGAGAGCCCCCAGCCUGCUGCAUUACCAUGCUGGUUUGGGAGGAAGCAAAACCUAAUUUUCCCUCACUCAUGUGCUGGCAGAAUGACCUAGCCUUUAUUUACGUUAUUGGUUGUGUGCAUACUUUUCAGAUCUACACUGACCCCAGCCGAAGACUCGAGCUCUACUUCCGCCCCAAGGACCCCUACUGCCACCCUGUGUGUGCCAACCGCUUCCCGACAUCUUCCAUGUUGCUGAAAGUUAAAAAGAAAAUGAGGAGGAAACGGACAGAAGCAGGAGAUUUUGAGGAAGAUGUCAGUUUUGAAGUAGACGUUCUUGGCAUUGUUACCACAGUUUAUAAGUUUCAAGGUAAUGAUUCCUUUCUCUAAGGCAGGGAUGAGGAACCUGUGUGGUCCUCCAGAUGCAUGGCGAGAGGACCAGGGAUGAUGAAUGUUGUACCUCAACAUUUGGAGGACCUCACCCCCUUUGCAGUAAGGAAAGAUUUGCCUCCAUCAUAAGACUCUGUAAAUUUCAGUUCAGCCCUACUUCCUUGCCUCAGGGAUUCUCACUGGGUGUGCUGUCUGGUGGCACCAAGGAGACCCCAUGAAUACGGUGGGGGGGGGGCUGCCUGAAUAAACCAGGGAUUUCUUCAGUAAACACACCAUUGUGAUCAGAACAACAGCCUCUUGGGAUCUCACAAAAGUAGAAUCCACAGUCUUAUAAAUUACACAGGCUUAUAUAGAGGCAUUGGGACGCGGGUGGCGCUGUGGGUUAAACCACAGUGCCUAGGACCUGCCGAUCGCAAGGUCGGCGGUUCAAAUCCCCGCGGUGGGGUGCCCGUCGUUCGGUCCCAGCUCCUGCCCACCUAGCAGUUCGAAAGCACCCCAAAGUGCAAGUAGAUAAAUAGGGACUGCUAUCCAGUGGAAAGGUAAACGGCGUUUCCGUGUGCUGCGUUGGUUCGCCAGCUGCGGCUUAGUCACGCUGGCUACGUGACCUGGAAGCUGUCUCCGGACAAGCGCCGGCUCCCGGCCUCUUGAGCGAGAUGAGCGCGCAACCCUAGAGUCGGUCAUGACUGGCCCUGAUGGGCAGGGGUACCUUUACCUUUAUAUAGAGGCAUUAUCUCUACUUAGCUAUACACAGAUGUAGAAAUAAGGCUACACUCUCAGAGGAAAACCAUGGAGUAGACAGGAUGUCUACUUUCUAUCAAGCUGACUCAAUGCUGAGUGUUUUUCCUGCACAUUCUUGACACAUUCUUAAUAAAACAAUACACUUCCACACACUAUUUCACAGUUUUUACAUCUCUUCACAUGUAGGCUUUCUGUCAAAGCAUAUGGUAUAAUUUUCGCUACACCAGGCACCAUGUUAUUUCUGAUUGCAUGUCCAAAACAUUUUGAAUGUGAUUGCAUUGUGCAAAUCUCCGCAAGUUGCCACUUUGAGAGCUUCUUGGGUUGCUACAAAGCAGAAUCCCCAGUAUCUCCAGGUAGGACUGAAAGAGAGUCCUUCCUGAAAAACCAGAAAGUGGUUUCCAGUCAAUGUAGACAAUACUGAGGUAGAUGGACCAGUGGUCAGACUCAGUAUAAGGCAGUAUGUCCUGAAGAAUGUUAGUAUUCAAGCCUUUUAAAGAAAUUAAUAGAUGUUGAUUUGGUACUGAAUGAGAUGCCUGCUUCUUUUGUGCAAGUUCACUAAGUAGUGCAGUGAGGGAACAAUCUGUUGUGGUGAUCUGCACACUUUUGCCUCCUUCUCUCCAGGUAUGUCUGAUUUCCAGUAUUUGGCAGUGCACUCUGGACCAGAUGGCAAACAGACCUCCAUGUAUGACAAAGUCCUGAUGCUCAAGCCAGAGAAAGAGGAGUUCUUCCUGAGUGACCUUCCGCUUUAUAUCCCUCCACCCAUUUUCUCACGCUUGGACACUCCUGUGGACUAUUACUAUCGACCAGAAACGCAACAUAGGUCAGUGUCCUCUUAGGUAAAGGUAAGGGUAAAGGGACCCCUGACUGUUAAGUCCAGUUGCAGACGACUCUGGGGUUGUGGCACUCAUCUCGCUUUACUGGCCUAGGGAGCCGGCGUUUGUCCGCAGACAGUUUUUCGGGGUCAUGUGGCCAGCAUAAUUAAGCCGCUUCUGGAGAAACCAGAGCAGCACACGGAAACGCCGUUUACCUUCCCACCGGAGCGGUACCUAUUUAUCUACUUGCACUUUGACAUAGUUUCGAACUGCUAGGUGGGCAGGAGCUCAAACCGAACAACGGGAGCUCACCCCAUCACAGAGAUUCGAACCGCCGACCUUCUUUUGUAGGUGAUGGCAAAUCCACCUGCUGAGCAAUGGUCUCUGCUAUGGCAGGAUGAAUAUAUGUAGCAGCUACUAUGUUGGCUGAAUAUAGUUGCAGUUUAGGGUUGGACUUGGACAGUAGGGGGGAAAACCUCUGGUCCUCAGGCCAAACAUAGCCUUCUUGGCACCCAUAUCCAGCCAACUAGCUUAUUGAGCUCUGUCCUCUCCACAACCCCGCCUCUCAGCUGUGUGCCACAACAUCUGGAGGGCAACCCUUGAUCUAAGAAGUGGUAUUCCCCUCUUAAGGGAACUCCUAUUCUUUUUGGGGGGGGGGCAACAAACAGCUUUUUUCGUGUUCAAUAGUACAAUAUAACCAUAUUGGAACCAAAUAAAAAUGAAUAGUGUCUUAUGCAGUGUAGGUCCAGAGUAUAAAAAAGGAAGCUCUAUGGGAGAUUGACAAAGGGAUACACACACUGUUUCCAUUGUCCCCUGUACAAAUUAAAGAAGAUAUAGAAUAAUAAUGGAUAUCUUCACAUAAAAGUCAUAUUCAGCUGGCCCAAGUUCUGCAAAAGGCUGCCUGUUCCUGUUUAUUAUAAAGAUUCACCAGAUGGCUGCAAAGUCUUCAGGCUCCACUUCAUCUUUCCAGACUCUCAGAUGGUGUUUGAGUUUUUCAGAGGCAGCAAAAUUAAGAACUUCUUAAAACUAUCUGUCCAGAGUGAUAUUGGUUACAUUCUUCCACUCUUGUUCAGCUGCCAAGCAUGCUGCAACCAGCAGGGGCCCUGCCCUCCUUUAGAUUUGGCCCUGCCCACCACUGCCUAGCAUGUAGUCCCUAGAGUGCUACUCACAUAGAUCAAAAGAGUGCCCCGCACCUGUUGUACCUGGGAGCAACCUUCGAUACACCCCGAAGUCUCUAGUUGACUGUAGUGGCUAUUGGUUCUGACAGGUGCAACAGGCACCUGUAGAGAGCCCCUAUCCACCCUUCUUGGUACCUCUCCUGGCUUGCUUACCUGCCCAAUGCAUCACCUGACUUCUUCUGGCAGCAGGGAGGAACAACAAAGUCAGAGUGACUUCUGUGUUCCUCUCUGCUUCUAGGUUAAAUCAACAUGUGCUUGUUGCAGCUGUCAGAACUGAUAGUUGCUACAGACAUGCAGAGGCUUUUGGAUAUGUGGCAUUGAGGUAUGAACCCAGCUCUCAUUUCACUUGGGUUUGCAUACACAAAGGAGUUGAAACAAGGUAUUGGAGAGUGAAAUACAUACUUCUCUUUGAUGUCCAUGUGUUCCUUAGAUAUUCAUCAGUGCAGCUCAGAUCCCAGGGUUGGGACAGCCACAUUGUUGACAUUUGACAAGAGGUGGCUGUGCUUUCCAAUUCAUUAGAGGUAACAUUUGGAACACUUCUCAUGCUAACACCUUUGAUUUUUCUCACUGUUAUUCUUCAUAGCUCACUUUGCUAUAAAGUAUCUGAAAGCAAUUUAACAAUAAAAGCAUCAAUAAUCAAAACAAUUUCUAAUAUAAAAACAGUUAAAGCGAUGAUUGCUUUUUGUGAUUUUUAUUGCAAUAAAUAAUACCUACAACAUACAUAAAAAUGUUACCUUGGUUUCCCCUUUCACAAUAAGGAGAACAUAUGGUUGGACACUGUCAGUACAUUUCCCCUUCCUGUGUUAAAUAAAAAGUGCCUUUAGCUGUAAAAGCCAGUUAUUAUCUGGCUGUCAUCCUUCCCUGGCUGUUAUAUAACUUGCCAGUUUCAGCUAUCUGUCAGGUAAUUUCCAAACAGCCUUGAAAAAUAGGAGCAGUAGUCUUCCCACCCAGCCUGCUCUCAGAUGAACCAUGACUGCAUGUAGAAGAUUUCAGAUAAAUUCAAGAUUGCAAAGCUCAACUUUCCCCUCUUUAAAUAAGGUUAAUUCAUGAUAACAAGAUUCCCAUUAUUAGGUCCCUCCAGACUCCCCACAAACUGACAAAAAAAGGAGAAUCUAUUUAGCCUCAUAUCCACUAUACAUUUAUGUGAUGGGAUUAUGAGCUGCUUGUGCGUAAAAUCGUAUUCCCUCAGAGUUUGUUCAAGUCCACAAACCUCUGUCUGUGACUGAGCCCCUCUGACAUGGCUCCUCUUAGUCACUAGAAGAUUCCGACAGUGGUUGCUUUCGUAAUCGCUUCCAACAUAAAAGCUCCUUAACGGAAACACGUCUUCUGGACUCUCUGCGUGACAGUUUCCGGCGAGGAGUGGGUGUCGCUACAGGAGGUCCGGAAACCUCACCACUGUUUUCGCUGGAAGUAUCUCUGAGCCAUCCCCCAGCUCCUUUCCCUCAGUUCAGCUUCUCUCCCCUGCUGGUUUCCUCUUCAGCUGCUAAGUCUCUUCCAACCUGUCUGAGCCCUUUCACCUCCCUCAGUUCGGCUUCUCUCCCCCUGCUGGUUUCCUCUUCAGCUGCUAAGUCUCUUCCAACCUGUCUGAGUCCUUUCACCUCCAUUCAUACCGAUGGCAGUUCCAUGACAUCAACAACCCCUCCAGGGCCCCCUACACCCCCUAACGCCCCCACAACUCCGGGCGUUGAGGAGGCAAAAACCCCGGAAUGAACUUCCUUCAUCUUCCGAUGUCUCGAACACUUCUCUCCACCUGUUGCGGUUCCUGGUCUCGAAGCACUCCUCCUCCUCCGAGUCCAUCUCCCCUUCCCCUUCCGAUUCUGGGAAUCCUUCCAACUCCUCCUCCUCCUCAGUGGUCCCAAAGUAUUCCCUCCGGAACCUCUCCACAGGCUGAGGUUUCCGCGGGAACCUUUGAUGGAACAUUUCUAUCAAUACCUCGUCAUUGAUAUCUUUGGCCAUUACCCACGUGUUUUCUGACUCCGGUUCUCCUUCCCACGCUACCAAAUACUCCACCUGAUUCCCCUUCCACCUGGCAUCAAGGAUUUCUGCCACAUGACUGCUGCAUUCUCUUUCUUCUAUGACCGGUCCCCUAGUGGCCAUCCCUUCUCGUCCCCCCUCGUACGGUGACAGUAACGACCUGUGAAAUACUGGGUGCAGUUUCAUGUGGUUGGGUAACCGGAGCCUGAAAGCCACUGGGUUGACCUGUUGAAUGACCUCAAAGGGACCCAACCUCCUGGGUCUUAAUUUCUUACAACCUCCUUUGAACGGCAACCCUCGGGUUGACAGCCACACCCUCUCUCCAACCCUUAUGGUUUCACCUUCCCUUCGGUUCUUGUCUGCCUGCCUCUUGUAUUCUUCCUUCGCCCUUUCUAAGUUGAGUUGGAGCUGACGGUGGAUUGCUUCCAUUUCUUCUACAAAAUGCUCGGCUGCCGGUACGCUCCAUCUCUCCCUUCUCCCCUGGGAAAGCCCUGGGAUGACACCCAUAAUUAGCCAAGAAGGGGCUCAUCCCUGUGGACACAUUCUCGGCAUUGUUGUAGGCAAAUUCCGCCAGCGCCAACUUUUCUACCCAGUCAUUCUCUCUGUCAUUGACAUAACACCUCAGGUAUUGCUGGAGGACACCGUUUGCUCUUUCCGCCUGCCCGUUGGUUUCAGGGUGCCGGGCAGUCGAAAAGUUGACCUCCACCUGCAGUAAGCUCAUGAGCUUCCUCCAGAACCUGGAAGUAAAUUGUUUUCCUCGGUCUGAGACCACCCUCAAUGGCACCCCGUGCAACCUAAAAAUGUGUUCUACAAAUAACUUUGCUGUCUCUUCCGCCGUGACUGCAUGCGAGCAAGCUACAAAGUGGCACAUCUUUGUUAGUAGGUCUACCACCACCAUGAUGGCUGUUUUCCCUUUGGACUUCGGCAGAUCAGUCAUAAAAUCUAUCGACACUGCCUCCCAAGGUCGUUCUGGUGUUGGUAAGGGUUCUAAUAGCCCCGCCGGCGCCCGCCUUUCCCCUUUGGCUCGCUGGCACUGCUCGCACCCUCUUACAUACUCACGUACAUCCUCCCUCACCUUAGGCCACCAAAAUUCCCUGGUGACCAACCACAUGGUUUUGUGUUGCCCACAAUGCCCCCGCCGUGGGGCUGUCAUGCAACUGCUUGAGUACCCUCCCCCUGCAGUCUCCUUCAGGGAUAUACAGUGCCCCUUUGUAAUACAAAGCUCCAUUUCUUUCCUCGAAACCCCUUGAUUCCUCUCCCUCAUCCCUAAGACCUCUAAGCUUAUUCUGGGCGUAUUCAUCAUUCUCUGUUUCUUCUACCAGUUCUCUUUGUCCCACCAAUGCCGCCCCACACACCCAGCGGUCCUCUGGAAUGACAUGUCUCUCUUCGGGUGCUCCCUCCCCUCCAAAUAUUCAGGUUUGCGUGAGAGAGCGUCCGCCCUAAUAUUCUCUGGGCCUGGCACGUAACAAAUCUCAAAGUUAAAUUUGGAGAAUUCCUGAGCCCAUCUCACUUGCCGUUGGUUGAGCACUCGUGCCGUCCUCCAAUACUCUAGGUUCUUGUGGUCAGUGCACACUUGCACCUUAUGUUGUGCGCCAAUUAGCAGGUGCCUCCAUCUCCGGAACGCCUCAUGAAUGGCUAGUAGUUCUCGGUCAUACACCGUGUAGUUCCUCUCGGAUUUGUUCAGCUUUCGCGAAAAAAAGCACACGGUCUCCACUCUGACUCCUCCUUCCCUGGCUGGAGAAGCACCGCCCCAACCGCUCUGUCUGAUGCAUCAGUUUCCACUCUCAUCGGUUUUUGUAAAUCCACAUGCAGGAGCUGUUGUUCCGAGGCGAAGGCCCUUUUAGUUCCUCAAAUGCUUGCUCCGCCUCCUCCGUCCAAACGAACUUCUUCUUACUGCUGAGACAGUCCGUAAUGGGCGCCGUCAGGUGGGCAAAGUUUGGGAUGAACUUACGAUAGAAGUUCCCAAACCCUAAAAACCUCUGCACAUCCUUCCUUGUUUUGGGUGUUUUCCAUUCCAGUACCGCCUGGACCUUGCCGGGAUCCAUGGCCAACCCCUUGUCAGACAGGCGAUACCCCAGGAAUUCCACCUCCUUGGUAUGAAACUGACACUUCUCCAGUUUCACCCACAGCUGGUUGGCUUGCAGCCUGCUCAACACUUCUCUGACGUCUCUCACAUGCUGCUCCUCAUUCUCAGAAUACACCAACACGUCGUCUAAGAAGGCCACACAAUUCUUGUAAAGCAACGGCCCCAGGACGUGGUUCAUAAACGAUUGAAAUGUUGCGGAGCCUGCUUGUAGACCGAAGGGCAUAACUAAGUAUUCAAAUGCCCUAAAGGGGUGAACAUGGUGGUUUUCCAUUCAUCCCCCUUCCUUAUUCGUAUCAGGUUGUACGCCCCCUUAGAUCCAGCUUGGUGAAAAUCUUUCCCUUUCGCACCCUUGUCAAAAUGUCGUCAAUCCUGGGCAUCGGGAAGGCCACUGGUUCUGACACUGCAUUUAAGGCCCUGAAGUCACACACCAGUCUCGGCUUGUUCGCGUUUUGUUUGUCCACAAAAACACUGGGCUGCCCCCACCGCCCUGGACUCUCUGAUGAACCCUCUCUUCAGGUUCUUGUCAAUGAACUCUCUUAGCUCCUGCAUCUCUCUGUCUGACAUGGCGUACAGCUUGCCCACAGGGAGCUGUGCCCCAGGGAGCAAAUUGAUUUGACAGUCAAAGGCUCUAUGCGGUGGUAGUUGGUCAGCUUCCCUUUCGCUGAAGACGUCGCGGAGAUCUGCGUAUUGUCGUGGUACCUUCACGUUCUCCUUCACUUCAGUCCCUGCUAGGGUGGCUUGGGCCCCUGCCAAAACCUUUCCCUCUUUGCAAUGUUCUAAGCAAUGUGCUGACCCAAAAGAAACCACUCUCUGAUGCCAGCCCACCAGCGGAUCAUGUAACGCUAGCCAGCUCAUCCCCAAUAUAAUGGGAGCUCCUCCCAAGGUGGCCACAUUAAAAGCUAUCAGUUCAGUGUGCCUUGCCACCUUCAUUAUCAUUGGGACGGUCUGCAAGCUGACUUCUCCUCCCAACAGCUCCCUGCCAUCGAUCGUGGUUACCUGCAGGUGGUAGCUAAAAGGGAGCGUCUGUAUCUGGUGUUCAGCUGCAAACUCUUUGCUCAUGAAAUUGCAGGAGCUGCCUGAGUCCAACAGCGCCUUUAUCUUUAGAGGGUGUCCGUUUGGGAGCUCUAGUGUCACUUCUAUCACUAGGGCGGGUUUAGGAGGUUCUGGAGUGGGCACUUUCACUGCUCUUUGGCCUGGCUGCUGUGCCCCGACAAUGGCAGCCAGGCGUUGGCUUUUAGUUGCUCCGGUAUUUUUCCUCUCUUCCCUCCACAGCUCCCACCAUCCCUUGCCAUUCCUUCCUCUGGGGGCAGACUCUGGCAAAGUGCCCUGGCUGUUGGCAGAGAUAGCAUUUCCGGGCGCCUUUUCCAUCCUUCUUUCCCCCUCACUGGGCUUUGAAACUGCGCGCGCGCGCUGUUCCGAUUUCCAUCGGCUCUGCCGGCGGGACAGUUGGCUCUGGAAUUUCUGGAAUGCGGAACUCCUUCCAACGUUCCCCUUUCCCUUCCCGCCUCUCCAAUGCUCUCGCCUCCUGGCGCGCUCCUAUGGCCAGCGCUGAUUUGGUCAGCUGGUCCAUAGACUCCGCCCUGGGCGCCCGGGAAAGUUCAUCUUUCACAGCCGAAGAAAGCCCUUCUUCAAAGAGCAUUUGAAUGGGUUCCGCCGAUAAGUCCCACCCCAAUCUGUGUAUCAGCAUGGUGAACUCAGUCCAGUACUCACGUACAGAUCGGCUCCCCUGUUUGCAAGCCAUUAACUGUCUGCGCACCACUCCCUUUUCAAUAUCGCUGGAAAACAUCAGAUCCAUGGCGCGAAAGAACUUCAUCGUGUCCUUUAAGACGUCACUAUUAGCUGCCAUCAGGGGUCUAACCCAGUCUCUCGCCCCCUUUUCAAGAUGCCCAAUCACAAAAGCCACUCGUGAUUCCUCAUCAGGGAAAUCAUCAAACUGCAGAUUGAGGGCAUAUUGCAUUUCUGUCCGAAAGCUAUGAUAGUCUUUGGGCUCCCCCCCAAAUUUUUGCACCAAUCCUGGUACCUUUCUGGCGAGCUGGGUGGCUUUCUCCCUUUGUCUGCAUCUUGAGCCCUCCUCUCCUCCAGCCUCGCCGUCUGCAGCGCCAGCUGGACCUCCAACACUCGGUACCUUUCUUCCAGGCUUGGACCCGCUCCAGCCCCUGCUUCUCCGGUUCCUGCUGGGUUGCUCAUUAUGCCUUCUCCUGCACAAGCUGCGUUCAAAGACUGUCGGAAUGCUGUGAUGGGAUUAUGAGCUGCUUGUGCGUAAAAUCGUAUUCCCUCAGAGUUUGUUCAAGUCCACAAACCUCUGUCUGUGACUGAGCCCCUCUGACAUGGCUCCUCUUAGUCACUAGAAGAUUCCGACAGUGGUUGCUUUCGUAAUCGCUUCCAACAUAAAAGCUCCUUAACGGAAACACGUCUUCUGGACUCUCUGCGUGACAGUUUCCGGCGAGGAGUGGGUGUCGCUACAGGAGGUCCGGAAACCUCACCACUGUUUUCGCUGGAAGUAUCUCUGAGCCAUCCCCCCAGCUCCCUUUCCCUCAGUUCAGCUUCUCUCCCCCUGCUGGUUUCCUCUUCAGCUGCUAAGUCUCUUCCAACCUGUCUGAGCCCUUUCACCUCCCUCAGUUCAGCUUCUCUCCCCCUGCUGGUUUCCUCUUCAGCUGCUAAGUCUCUUCCAACCUGUCUGAGUCCUUUCACCUCCCUUCCUACCGAUGGCAGUUCCCUGACAAUUUAAAUAGUUUCUGGUUUAACAAUCAGUCCUCCUUCCUAGGGAACUGUGAGGAUUUCUCCUCCAGUAUCUGUUUUGAACCCAUUUCAAGGGCUGUAUUAUGGGAAGGGAUAUAAAUAGGCAGGACUAAGUGGCUCGUGAUCUGAUCCAGCAAGGUACUUAUUUGCCUUAACUAGCUGAAUGAAUGAAUUAUGGUAAUAAACCAAUAAAAUUUAGGGUAGGCAGAAUAAGGCUGCAAUCCUAUGUACACUUCCUGGGAGUAAGCCCCAUGAACACAGUGGGUGAUAAAAGUAGAUCCACUGAAAUUAAUGGACAUCUGUAAAUAACUUUCAAAGUGAGCUCCCUUCUAAAGAGGGGAUUGGUCCACAGCCUCGACCAUUGGGUUGAGUUUAUUUCAUACUCUUAUGUCAUGUUCCCAUUGGCCUUUGAUUUUGGUGAGGGGCCUGUAGUGUUUUGGAGUAGUAUUUUAUAUGUUGCCGAUACCGUCCCUUUGCUGUGUCCCUCUGUUGACAAUCGCCUAGUGGUUGCUGACUUGAUUUCUGGGUUGUUUAAGAAUGCAUGUAGUUGAUGAUAGGUCAGUCAGGAUAUUUGGUUGUCCAUUAGUUUGUUCUGUAUUUCUUGUGACGGUUGCCUUGUGGGGUUGCCUAGUCUUUUAGGCGGUAUAGCCUUUUAGGCUUGCCAUACCUUUACUUGAAAGCUUUGUGAUGCAUGGUGGAACUGUGGGUGGUAGGCUAGGGGGAUUAACAGGGAUAGGGCAGGGAACAAUGCUGAAGACUUGGAGUAGAUUUUUUAAGGGUUUAUAGGAAGUUGGGGCCAAAUUUCAAAUCUCUCGUUUCCUCUUAUUCAGUCUUCAUUUCUGGUGCUUUUUGGCAUGGCACCUUUGGGCCCAGGUUACAUUGGGCAGUGUGGAAGAGUCUCUUCAUAAUUUGUGUUGAAGAAAUAUAGCUCUAACUUUUCAGUAAUACAAGGGAAGAAAAAUAUCAAGUUUUAGUGGGUCUACUGGGUAGAGUUAUUAAUAAAGGAAGAAUCAAACUCUCUAGGCAACCUGAACAAAUUACAGUAUAAAAGACCAACAGAUUCUCUCCAGUUCUUUAAUGACAAAAUCCAACAUUAAAUAGAGUCUUAUUAAACUGGCCUGCUGCCUUACUAAAGAAGUUGAAAUUCAAGAGGCCCCCAUCCAUGUUAGCAUUCCACCAUGUCCUGAAGGCAAGUGUUCUGCUGAACAGAACUUGUGAUUUUAUUUCUCAAACUGGUUUUUGUUACUGUUUUAGUUGUUAAGCUUUUUAUUGUUUGUAUGGUUGUACAUCUUAAUUAAGGAUGUUUUAAUGACCCAAUGGAUUUAUUGUUGUGUAAGAUUUUUUUUUAUGGCCUCAGAGCUUUGUCUAAAUGGAUACAACAGUCUUCUUGAUAUUAACAAGGUCUGUUUCCAUUUUCUCAGUUCAAGGGAGUUUGGAGCUUUUUUAGGAGUGAAGCAGCUCAGACCAAGCUUUUAUGGGAGCUGAAGGCUCAACCCAUUCCUGGCUGUCAGGCAGGCUCUGAUCCAGGCAUGUGCUUACAUGCAUUUCCCCCUACUUUCGAGUGCCCACUCAUGGAACUAGCUAUCACUUAAGUUCCUGCCUGCCUCACUUCCUCUGUUACUGUGGCCAAGUGGUCAAGGCAGGGUGUGGGUUCUGAGAGCUAUGUGAGAAUCCAGGCAACUAGCGUGGGAGCCUCCAGUCCUGGGGCAUAGAUAUAAAGAUCUAUUGGCUCUUCAGUACUACUGAUCGUAUGGAGAUCCUUUGAAGUGGGGUCUGUGUGUCUCUGACCCCUGCUCUUCCUCUGAGGAGGUCAUAAGUUCCAGAUCUGGGAAGGGCUGAGUUCUGAGUCUCAUCAACACAUGGCAGCUCCAUGCUCACCAUCCUGAGUUCCACAAUUGAAGACACCAGUGUGAUAUAGAGCUUAGAGUGCUGGACUAGGGUUUUGGAGACCAGGGUGCAAGUACCUUGGGCAAAAAAAAUGAGAGGCACAAAUACAAGAUGGGUGACACCUGGCUUGAGAGCAGUACAUGUGAAAAGGAUCUAGGAGUCUUGGUUGACCACAAACUUGACAUGAGCCAACAGUGUGACGCGGCAGCUAAAAAAGCCAAUGCAAUUCUGGGCUGCAUCAAUAGGAGUAUAGCAUCUAGAUCAAGGGAAGUAAUAGUGCCACUGUAUUCUGCUCUGGUCAGACCUCACCUGGAGUACUGUGUCCAGUUCUGGGCACCACAGUUCAAGAAGGACACUGACAAACUGGAACAUGUCCAGAGGAGGGCAACCAAAAUGGUCAAAGGCCUGGAAACGAUGCCUUAUGAGGAACGGCUAAGGGAGCUGGGCAUGUUUAGCCUGGAGAAGAGGAGGUUAAGGGGUGAUAUGAUAGCCAUGUUCAAAUAUAUAAAAGGAUGUCACAUAGAGGAGGGAGAAAGGUUGUUUUCUGCUGCUCCAGAGAAGCAGACACGGAGCAAUGGAUCCAAACUACAAGAAAGAAGAUUCCACCUAAACAUUAGGAAGAACUUCCUGACAGUAAGAGCUGUUCGACAGUGGAAUUUGCUGCCAAGGAGUGUGGUGGAGUCUCCUUCUUUAGAGGUCUUUAAGCAGAGGCUUGACAACCAUAUGUCAGGAGUGCUCUGAUGGUGUUUCCUGCUUGGCAGGGGGUUGGACUCGAUGGCCCUUGUGGUCUAUUCCAACUCUAUGAUUCUAUGAUUCUACCUGCUCAGCCAUAAAACUCCCUGCGUGACCUUGGGUCAGUCACUCACUCUCAGUCUAACUUACCUCGCAGGGUUGUUGUGAGGAUAAAAUGGAGAGGUGGUAGAAGUGUGUACACCACCUUAAGCUCCUUGGAGAAAAGGUGGAAUAUAAAUAUAAUAAUAAAACAAAUAAAUAUAAAUGCAGGCAAUCAACCCACCACUUAGCAAAAUUCAUGUCUUUUUAAUGAACAGAUUCAUGAUUGCCUCUUCAGAAAUUCUCUGUUCAGAUAGCAGUUUAAAAGGGGGCAUUAGAAAAGAAAAAUAGAAAGAAAAUUACCUUUUUUUCAAAUUUUUUAAAUUUGAGUUGUCAUAAACAAAAAAGCAAGCAUUAUCCAAAUUUCACACAACUGCGUCGAAUGGGAUUCAUUUUUGUCAUUUCUGUUUCCCUCCCCUGCAGGGAAGGAUAUCAGAACCCCACGUUGUCCAGCGAAAACCUGAUAGGUCUCAGCCGGGCCCGUCGGCCCCACAAUGCCAUCUUUAUCAACUUUGAGGAUGAGGAGAUCCCCAUGAAGCCUUUGGACGCUGCAGAGCAGACCUGGAGGAGAGUUUGCAGCAAUGCAGUGGAUCACAAAGCAGAAGAGGAACUGAGGAAGGUAGACACACCUUUUGGGGUCUGUUCACACACUGAAAGACAUGUUUGGAAACUUGGGACAUCGGAACCAGGGUUGCCUGGAACUCCCUGUUGAGAGUACCUUACUUGGUUGAGAGGCAAAUCUUUUACCCCCAUUUUCAAUAAUUUUAUUUGUAUAGCAUGUACAGAACAUUUAUAAAAAGGGCAUCAGGACAGAAAAGUAUAUUCUGUAGAAAAGCCAUAAGAAUCCCUAACAACACCAAAUCACUAAAAAACGAGACUACGGCAUGAAAAGAAAGAGUUUGAAGGGCCCCAAGGAGGCGACAAAGGGCCAGAUCAGUCCAGCAAUUCUUUCAAAUAAAGUCAUACUUGGCUGGAACGAGGCAAUCCAUUGUAUGAGUCAAGAAAGGCCCCCAUAUUGGGACAUGGCUCUUCCCGAAUGCUUGGCAUAUUGGCAUCGAGUGCAGAAGAAUUGCCAAAGCAGACAAAUAUGAAAGUGUUUGCUGUCCUUUCUUGACCUAUGUUAAUAAGGACUGGGCCUUGCUACAAGCUCUGCAGGCUCAGAUUGCUUUGUAGGAAGCGUAUUCACAAUUUUCACACGCAUGAUGUCUUUAUGGUGAGACAAGGCAACGCUGAAAAUGUUAGUAACAAUUUACUUUACUGUAUGUGGAAAACACUCUAUUUUUGUAUAGAAUGCCUGUGGAACCUGAUUUGUUAUUAAUGGUUUUUUUGUUAUUAUUAUUUAAUGCACUGUUAUUAUCCAAAUGGAACACUCACACACACCUCCCGAUCUGGUGCAGCCAGAAAUCUUGGCAGCUUUAAGUUCAUGAAUUAACUUUUCCAAGGAAACAGUGAACAGAGUCUUUUGAUACUUUACAUCCUUCCAGCUUUGGGUUAUAGUUAGACCCUUUCUUGUAUGUGUUUCUGUUUUGUAGCUGUUUGAGGUCCGCCCAGUCUGGUCUCGUAAUGCUGUGAAAGCCAAUAUAAGCAUCCACCCUGACAAGCUCAAGUUCCUUCUGCCUUACUUAGCUUACUACAUGGUGAGUGCAUUAUGUUUCGUGUGUGUGUGUGUGUUGCUUUCUUAAAAAGAGUUCCCAACAGCUCAUAUAGUGACAAUAGAUUGAAAUGUUCACUAUUUAGUAAAUGCAGUAGUGAUCAAAUGUAGUUGCCAGAAAGCAUGCAGCUGGGAAGAAUUUUUUUUGGCGGGGUGGGGGCACUCAGUAAUAUAUUCCAGAAUGUAAAAAAAUUGUUGGCCUUCUUAGGCAACUUAUAUCAGAGGCAGGGAACCUUUUUCAGCCCAGGGGUCGCUUUAGCUCACAGGCAGCUCUUUAGGAGCCACGUUCCAGUGCUGGGCAGGGCAGGGCCUGAGGCAAAGAGGUGUGGCCAGUGGCAAAAGUCAGUGGGAGUUGCUGGGAACUGUAGGACAGGAGAAUACUCUUGUGCUCUGGUCCUGCUUGUGGUUUUCAGACAGGCAUCUCGUCGGCCAUUGCGAGAACAGAAUGUUGGACUAGAUGGGCCAUUUGCCUGAUCCAACAGGGCACCUCUUAUGUUCUCAUGUUCAGUGGGUGUUACUCUUGCCCUUGUACAAUAGGCUGCAUUCCAACCAUGCAAAAGCCCCUGGUUUCUACACAUACAGACAUACCUUUCUCCUUCCAGAUAUAUAAGAACCAUUGCCACAGUUCAGGGAUACAGUCCAAUCUAGCAAAAGCACUUGAGGGAUGUGUGGCAUGAGGGGAGGCAUGACCUGGGAAGCGUCCUGUGGGCUGGGUAGAGAGGACUGAAGGUGUGCAUUCGGGGCUUAAGCUUGAGGUUCCCCACCUGUGAUUCAUCCAAGUUUCCAAAGCACAUGUUAAAUUGUCUCCAUCUUGGCAGUGCUCCAUUCCUGAAAGCUACAAUUUUUUUAUUGGGGUAUUGUCAUUUCCCCCCUAUUUUGUGAUUGACAAGAAAGCAAUCAUUCAAAGCAGAAGAGAAGAGAGGAGAGAAGGGAGAAGAGUUGGUGGAAGAAGAUUGGAAAAAGUUUAAAGACUAUUUACAGAAAUAUUGUAAAAUUAAUGAAUGUUAGAAUGAUGUUGGAUAGAAACUAAAUGGUUUCUAGCUGUAAUGUUAUAAGGGAAUAUGAAAAAAUGGACUAUUAAUAGGUAAAAAUCUAAUGUUACAAUACUCUAAGAUUGAAGACUAGGAUAAACAAAGAGGGGAGGGAUUUGCUGAACUAACAAACUGAAUUGGAAUACAGAAAAGGGAGGCGUGAGGAGGUCCGGGAAAUAAGCAAAUGAAAGAUAAGUGAUUGAAAGACUGAAUUGUUUUUAACUAUUUUUAUUUUGUAUUUUUCUUUUUUCUUUUUUUAUUUUGUAAUAUUUUGAAAAUCUUAAUAAAUAUCUUAAAAAAAACAACAACAAAGCAUUUAUAUCCUUCUCUUUACUUAAUGGUCUCAGAGCAGAUAACAAGUAAACAGAGCACAAACAGUGUAAUACAAACAGCAUGCGGUUUAAAAGAAAUAGGAAUCAAAAGUUUUUUAAAAAAUUGUAUUAUUUAUUUAUUCAGUUUCUAUCCUGCCCACCCUCCCAAAGGAGCCCAGGACAGUAGUUUCUUUAUUCAGCACUCAUAAAAUUGCCCACAGACCCCCUCUACUGUGGUGCAAGAGUUAGUGUUCUGGGAAGUUUUGAAAUAACUUUGAAAUAAAGUUUUGAAAUGGGACAUUUUUCUCCACUCUCUAGAAGUAAAAUCUAGAUGGCGGCAAUGACAGGGGCCAGCCAUAAAUGGCUUUUCUGUGCACAAUUUCCUUUCCUUCCCAUUUUCCUAAACCUAAAAAUCUAAAGUUUUGCUGCCACCAACACUUUUAAAGGUCUUGACAGCAGCAAAAUCGUGGUACAUUUUUUUGCAGCUGUUGUUAAAAUGAUUGUGGUGUUGUGAUGUUUUUUAAUCUGAGAGUGCUUUUUAAUAAAAAGGUUAUUUCAGUCCUAUGUUUGGAUGUAAGAUUAAAAAAAAAAGCAUCAAAACCAGAGCCUCACAUUCUUGUAAUUCUGUGUGCCCCUGUAGCUAACCGGACCCUGGAGGAGCCUGUGGGUCCGCUUUGGUUAUGAUCCCAGGGAACACCCAGAAGCAAAGUUCUACCAGGUCCUGGAUUUCAGAAUUCGCUGUGGAAUGAAAUACGGUAAAAAUGGAAGCAGGCCAUCAGAGUACUGUUGUACUCUUUACUAUCAGUGCCUUUUGGGUGGGCGGCAGAGGAAAGGUCUAGGCUACAAAAGGACCAAGCAGCCAAAUAUAUAUAUCUAUUUAAAAUUCCUGGUAUAAUUUGUUUCUCUUUGAGAGGUGCUCUUCUCCAUCAUCUCUUCUGCCUCCACAGACGUGUUUUAUUUUCCCCCAGGGUACGCCCCUAAUGACAUGCCGGUGAAAGCUAAACGCAGCACCUACAACUACAGCCUGCCCAUCACCGUGAAAAAACCAGGUAUGUGGUACAGGCAAGAGGGUGGGUAGAUAUUUCUUUAUCUUGUUUAGUGAAUUAAACAAUUGUGAUUUCUUCCAUCAAUUCGCAGGGGUGUCCUUUGUGGCUCUCUCUGAUCCUGGUACAAUUCAAUGAGAUGAACCUCCCUUUUGGGGCUCCUGAGCAGAUGCCUGCUGAAAACAGGGCUUGCUGUCAUCACUGAUUGCAAGUCCUGCUUUCAGCAGGGAUCUUUUCAGAUGCGGCUUGAAAUUAAAGCCGGGAUUGCAAAGGAAGGAAGGAAUUUCACUCUCAGUUCUUCCUUUGAAGUUGAAUCACCUGACAUCAUAUGACACCAGGUGAUUGACAGGUAGGUGGCUUCAUCUGCCUGUCAAAAGUGGCCUCUGGUGAGUGGGCCAGUUCAUCAGCCUUUGUGAGAUACUUGCCUCUCAAAUGCUGAUGUCUGUGCUGUGUGGUAGACCACAUGCUCUGCACACAGGAGACCCCACUAUCAAUCCCCACUCUGUCCAGGUUGGGCUGGAAAACUGCCCUGUCUGAAAUCCCAGGGAGCUGCUGCCAGUCUGCAGACAGUACUGAGGCAGAUGGAUCUGUGGUCUGUCUUGAUAGAAGGCAGCUUCAUAUAUUCCUUUGCCAGUUGCACACAGAACCAGUAGUUACCAGGUACUGCAGGGCAUUUAUUAUUUAUUAUUAUAAAACAGGAUCAACAGGUUGUCAUGUUGUAGUUUGUUCUUCCAUCCUUGGUGUCAGUCAAGAAAAAGUGGAUAGAGAGAAGUUAAAUUUCCCCCUUUCAUAAUACUAAAACUUGGGUACCAUCCAACGAAGCUGAAUCUUGACAGGUUCUGGGCAGACAAAAGAAAGUAAUUUUUCACACAGUACAUAGUUUGAGUGUGUAAUUCUCUCCAGCAAGAUGUAGUGGUGGCCAACAACUUGGAUGACUUUAAAAGAAAAUUUGACAAGUUCAUGGAGGAAUAAAGCUAAUCAAUGGCUGCUAGUCAUUAUGGCUAUGUUCUUUCUCCACUGUCAGAGGCAAUAUGCCUCUGAAUGCCAGUUGCUAGGAAUCACAGGUAGAGAAAGUUGCUGUUGCAAUCAUGUCCUGCUUUGGGGCUUCCUAGAAGAGGCUUUUGGUCAGCCACUGUGAGAACAGGAUGCUGGACUAGAUGGGCCUUUGCCGUGAUCCAGCAGCCAGGCUCUUAAGUUGCUGUGCAACAUGUGAUUUGGGGACUCUCUUCCUGCCCUUUGCAGCGAGCCAUGUAGUUGGCAUCCAGGACCUUAAGCAAGGACUGAGCACCUCUGGGAUGUCCAGUCCACGGAAAUCUGCUUUCAGCAAGUAUAAACUUAAAGUAGGUAUUUGACUUCCUCCUUGUUUUUCCUCCUGACUUCACCCUUUUCUCCUCUUGUGGCGUACUAGGAAGAUCUGUCUCCAGACACAUUGUCUCCUCUGGGGAAAUACAGAUUUGGUCACGUGAAAGAAAUGGGUAGCAGCUUAAAGGCAAAAUGCCCAAUAGUAUAAAUUCAUCCUCCUGUCACUGUGGAGGUGGGAAUCCUUGGGGUUGAUGCAAGGGAGACCCAGUUACCCUGUUCAAGUCCAGAGGGCUGCUCUGGGAAAUGGAAAUGUGGCGGUUUGGGGAGGAAGAGAUUGAAUAUAACAACCAUGAUGACUCUUUGUGGGUUCUGUAUUGGAGAAGAGGAGGAAGUUGGGGUGACAAUCUGACUUUGGAGGAGCUAAGGGUUUUCUCCAACAGUCAAGUCAGCAACAGAGGGUCCCGUUGUGGAAACAUUUUUACUUUCAGUUCCAUUGUCUUUUGGUGUCUUCAAUCCCUCUGCUUCUUCCUCUCUCAGGAUUCAAUUUACAUCUUCCGAGAAGGUUCCCUGCCUCCUUAUCGACAGAUGUUCUACCAGCUUUGUGACCUGAAUGUGGAAUGGUACUUGUGCUUGAUCAAAAGGGGCUCUAAAGUAACUUGGGGGGGGGCAAUUUAUGUCUGUGUUCAUGCAUGUCUUUUGUAUGUCUGUCUGAACCUCAAAGGUAUGCUCCCCGCUGUGGUGGCCCUGCAAGCAAAACCUGAUCUGAAUUUUUCCAUGGGUACCUUGCAGUAAUGGAAAAUUCAGCUUCCUGUAGGGAGAGGAGAAGGCUUGCACUCCUUAAACAUUGAACCUUCAGGAGAGAGUACCUUUGUUUCCCCUUCUUAGGCAGUUCCCAGCAUUCCUUUGAAACAGGAACCCACAAUUACCAGGGACCAGGGUUUUAAAAAUCUACAUUUGAUGGGCUUGUUGGUUCUUCCACUGAUGAUUUGCCACAUCCAGACUCUGAGUCUUUUUGUCCUCAGUUUAUUUUUUGAGACCAGGGUCAACCUUCACAAGGGAAUCAGACCUAAUUUGUUCAGUCCUUUUGGGGGAAGAGAGAAUCUGAGACUAGUCUCUGUUCAGCUUGCAGAAGAUCAUUCGCCGGAAUGAUGGCAUGGAGAUGGUGUGUACAGAGAGGGACGGCUGGUGUCUUCCCAAGACCAGUGAUGACUUGCGGGAUACCAUGUCUCUGAUGAUAAAGCAGAUCAUCCGCUCCAAAAGGCCUGGUAAUAUACUAUUAAUCAAGGGAGGUCAGAACCUGGCAAUGAAUCCAGGUUUUUACAAAUGUUAACCUGACCUGGGACAGCUUGUGUGGCUCUUCUAAGAAAGCUCCUGCCGCUUGCAGCUUGAAUUACUUGUAUUGGAUUUUUUAUUUUUUUAAAGUAUGAUUAGGGAUGUCUUUUCAAUAUAUUGAAAACAUAUAGUCCUCCACCCAAGUUCAUUUUAUUAAUGUAGCUUAGGCUUAUAAAAAUCAAUCCAUUUUAUUGACUGAAAUUCAUUGCUAGGUGACCUUGGGCUGGUUACCAAAGCUCAUGUCUCCACUGUCAGCAUGAUGCCUCUGAGUGCCAGUUGCUGUGAAUCACAGGUGCAGAGAGUGCUGUUGUGCCUAGAUGCUGCUUGUGGGCUUCCUAAAAGAGGCACUUGGUUGGCCAUUGUGAGAAAGAGAGUCCUGGACUAGAUCAGCCUUUAGUUCUCUCAGCUUAAUCCCUGUCACACAUUGGUUGUCUUAGGAUAAUAGACACCUUGCGCUCCUUGGAGGAGAAGCAGGAUAUAAAUUUGAAUAAUAACAAUACAUAAUCAAUUAAGAUUUACUAAAUCAACUAACAACCCUAGAUACGCAUAUUUGUUGGAGGGAGAAAUAACUGCUUUUGGAAUUACAAUGGAAAUCAGUUUCUUCCUGCCACUGCUGGCUGUCUGUUUCCUUCAGAUGGGACCCCUGAGGGAGUAAUUCUGACUGACCUUUGGCUACCCCGCCCCUUUUGCCCCAGUGGAAUUCCUCAGCCAUCCCUCCACUCAUCCAUCCCUGACAUUAUCUUCAUCCCUUUCCCCAUCUUUUGCUCCAGCUCUGUUCACAAGCACUUCGAACACAGAAGAGGGCAAAGAGCAGCUGGCGUUCGAGUCCGGAGAGGAAGAGGAGGAGGAGGAGGAAGAGGAGGAGUUCAAAGAACCAUCUGAUGGGAGUGAGAAUGAGAUGGAGACAGAGAUUCUGGACUAUGUGUGAUGCACCAGAACUGGCACUGUGGACCUAUUCCUGGCGAGGACCUUUGCUUCUCAUGUCCCUACAGGCAAGACAGGAAGCCAGGCCUAAUGAGACAAGAACCCAUCCAUGUCUCUUCUACUCAUCUUUGGGUUCUGUUCUUUACAGACCCCUAUGUGUGCCUUUUUGAUACUGAUUUGGGGGUGAAGAUUGUGAUGAGUAAGGCUGCUUAUCCUUGAGCUCUGCAGACAUGGCAAAUGUGCAAGUAAUGGGGCUGGAGAUACCUUAUCCUGAGAGGUUUUGCUAAGUAUUCCUCUAAUGAAGGCUUAGCUAAUUGGUUAACACACAAGCCUGGUAGACCUUCAUCUUGGCAUUGGUUAGCAUCUCAUUCUCCCAUAUCCUUUAGGAGAGGCAAGCCAUUGCCGUAGCCACCUUACUAAUACACCUGUCCAGCUCUACCACCACAGACGUGUGGUCACCAGGGCUGGUGCACGGAGUGCUGGUGAUGUCCUGACCUAAGAUUUUAGUCUUUUGUCAGGCUGAUGAUGAAGCCAAACUCCAUACAGUCUUGGGCAAAAUGUUUGAUGAGUUUCUGUGGAGUUUCUUUGGAGUGUGCUGUCAAGGCUGUGUCAUCUAUGAACAAUAUAUAUUGGAUAAGAACUUGCCACACUUCUGCCUUGGCCUGGAGUUGUGCCAGGUUGAACGGACUCCCACCACUCCUUGAAUGGAUGCACAGCACACACUGUCUUCGGUCAAACUGAAGGCAUAUGAGAACAACAGGUUGAAGGCUAUGCCAAAGAGACUCCUUAGUGUAGUGAUAAAGCUGGAUAUCAAAUCCAAACUCCUCUUCUUCUCUUGUGGACUUUAGGUGGGCAUCUUACCUUUUCAGUUGAUGAGGUCAAAGGCCUGAAGUCCAAAUACCUGACCAGGAGCCCUUGUGACUGUGCAUAGAUUAAGUUUGAGUAAUAGUAGUUUUUCCUCUUAUGUUGCCAUUGAAAGAGUAUAAAGCAUUCGUAUACUGAUGAACGUGUGAGUGGGGUUCAAAGUGAAGAUAAUGAUUUAUGUUUGAAUUAAAUUUAGAUCAACCAAAUUGAGUCAAAUGCUGAUCAGAGGAAUUGUUCAUUUUCUGGAAUACUGGCAUAUGCUAUGAAAUUAAACCACAUUGGGGUAAAGCCAUCUUUUUUUAUCUGUCCAUCUGUUAACUGUAGUUUAUUUGUAACUCUCUCAAGGAGGAUUGUUUCCCAACCGUGUUUUGUACCAAUGGUCUGUCAUCGUGCCAGAAAGCUCUUUCCAGUGUCUGGUUAUGUUGCAUCUCACUGCUUGUAAUAAAUGGCUUGUUAAUUCUAUAUUAUGUAAAUUCAGAUGAUCAUGUAAUAUAUUUAAUAAAACUAAUUCUCAUUUG